AUGUCUUCAGAUAGCCACUGGUCAGCACAUGAGGAUGAAGGCCAACUAUCCCGACUGAUCAGGAAAUCCAGAGACUCCCCCUUUGUCCCUGUAGGUAUAGCAGGCUUUGUGGCUGUGGUGUCCUAUGGUCUUUACAAGUUGAAGUACAGAAGAAAUCAGAAAAUGUCCCUUCAUCUUCUUCACAUGCGAGUUGCUGCCCAAGGAUUUGUUGUAGGAGCUAUGACUUUAGGUGUCCUCUAUUCUAUGUAUAAGGAUUACAUUAGACCUCGAUUCUUCGAUGUGUCCAAAAAAUGA